AUGAGGGCCAUAUCACCUCUCAUGUUAGCCCUAUUAUCAUGGAUUUCUGGUUUAGAAGGCUAUCAAAAAUAUACAAAACCACUGGAAAUUAUGAAACCGAAUGAGAAUGGUGUCUACGAAUACAAUAUGAAAGUUGCCAAAAAGCUAACGAUGUCGUAUAAUAACGACAAUCCAGCCAAACAUGCGACACCAGUGGAUUAUGAUUAUAAAACUCAAACCUGGUCGAAAAGAGACCCAAACCAGUUGAAUCCAUGUUUCGCCAACUCCUCAUUCAAUUAUAUUUCGGACCCAACGGAUGAAAAUAGGAUGUUGGAUGUUCUAGUGGCUGACGGACUACACAAAAGAGUUAUUACCAUUAAUGGAGAUAUGCCCGGCGAGCCAAUCGUUGUCCCGUACAUGUCUGAAGUGUGGAUUCGUGUCACCAACGCGAUUCUGAUGGAUUCUAUGACAAUCCACGUGCAUGGAAUCGAUAAGCACGGAAUGUGGUACAUGGAUGGAGUCGCAUUCGUUCAACAAUGUCCUAUCCAAUCAACAAAUCGAUUUGAAUAUCGAUUUAUUGCCGAUAACAAGGGUACACAUUGGUACCAUGGGCAUAUGCAGACAGAUCGAGGAGAUGGUAUUGCUGGAGGAUUUAUUGUUGUCGGAAACGAUACGUCCGUUCCAACGCUGGAUGCUAGAAAGCGUAUUGUGCCGAGUCGAGAGUAUUUUAUCUUGUUGCAGGACUGGGCCACAAAAGUCGGAGAAGAGGCGUGGAUGCAGUUGGAGGAUAAGACAAUGAAAUGGAUGUAUGGAUAUGAUGAUUUUACAAAGUGUUGGGAGCCGACCAGAACUUCUGAUGGAGGAAACGUCGGUGGAGCCGUACCAAUCUCGGCGAUUCUUCUCAACAACAAAGGAUGGUACGAUCAUGAGAUUGUGAAAACUCAACCAUUCAAUUUGCCACUUGAGAGGUUCAAAAUUAAAGCUAACGAGGACAUCCUAUUCCGUAUUGUGAACGGUGGUGUGGCUCAGGAGUUGAUGUUAUACGUCGAUGGACAUUCGAUGACCGUAGUUGCAGCCGAUGGAGAUGAAGUUGUUCCAAUGCAGGUGGACCGUCUGAUUGUCUUCCCCGGAGAACGAUACGAUAUCCUAAUCAAAGGAUUGGCCACGCCCACUAAAAAGAGCUACCGUAUCCAAGUGGAAACUAUUCAACGAUAUUUCUUUGAUUGGACCGAAAUUCCAAUUGUUUAUGGCUUCGGAUUCAUUGAGUACGAGCAAGAUCUGCCAGAGGAUAAGACUGCACCCAACCUUAUGCACCCCGAAUGCACUGCCGACAAAAAGUGUUCCGUCUUAAACUGCCCAUUCCAAAAAUGGAUCGCCCAACCGAAUUUCACUUGUAUCUCCUAUGAUAAUCUACAAAAUCCGUUCCCCGAGAAAAUCGAACAAGAGAUUUUGCAAGCGACAGAAUUCAAUGGAGGAUUUGAGGAGCACUUCAUCAACAUGCAUCACGACUCUCAAAUGGACCAAUUCUUGUUCCAAUUCCCAUGGGGUAUUCCAUAUUAUCAUCAGGACGAUAUGUCUUCCAUUUCUACAGCCUGCAAAGACACCGAAUGCGCCAACAACACCGCUUCCGACCUGGACACCACCUGCCGUUGCUUCUACAAUCUAGAACAUAAACUCAACAAUAUCGUCCAAAUUACCCUCUACAAUAUGGGCUUAGGAGGUGGUAUGGGUACCGGGUACGCUCAUCCCUUCCAUCUACACGGCCACCAUUUCUAUGUGAUGAAAGUGGGAUGGCCUACUUAUAACGAAACUGGAUUUAUCGAUCAAAUGAAUCAAGAUAUCGAUUGUCCGGGUCCAAAUGUGAGUUGUAAUGGGAAGAAAUGGAGGAAGAAGGAGUGGUUGGGCGGUGCAUUGGAGGGAAUGAAUACGAAGAAUCCAACGAAGAGAGAUACGAUCACAUUGCCAGUUGGAGGUUAUAUCACUAUCAGAUUCCGUGCUGUAAACCCCGGCUGGUGGUUUGCUCACUGUCACUUGGAGCUUCAUUUGAUGGGUGGUACUGGAUACGCUUAUAAGGUUGGUGACCAUAAUCAAAUCUACAUGCCACCUGACAAUUUCCCGAAGGAUUGUGGAACAUUUAAAGUUGACAAAUUGCCCGAGCUGCGUCUUCCAACAACCGGCUCUACCGUAAUCCCAUCGACUUUUGUAGUUUUUGUAGUCGUUCUGUUUGGAAAUUUGUUUUAA